AUGGCAAGGCAACUUGAAAGGGGUCUGCCGCACUGCCACAACAGCCAGGUGGUGUUGGAGUUCCAAAGCAACUGGUUGGCCAGCGGAGCACGGCUGGACGUCCAGGAGCUGCGCGCGGGCUAUGCGGAAGAUGUGCUGAAAGGAGUGACCUUCAGUGUCGAACCACGUAUGAAAGUGGGCGUGGUUGGCACUACGGGAUGUGGAAAAUCCAGCAUGUUGCUGGCACUAUUGCGUAUCAUCGAGCCGCGCGGGGGUCGCAUUGUCAUCAACGGUAUCGACACCCGAGACAUUGGUCUGGCAACUUUGCGCACAGCUCUGGGCUUGGUGCCGCAGGAGCCGAUGCUCUUCACUGGCACCUUGCGACACAACCUGGACCCCUUCAAGGCGUACACCGACGGCCGCAUCAAGAAAGCUGUGAACUGCUGCCAUCUUGAGAGCUUCGUGAAGUCUUUGCCAUUAGGUUUGGACCACCAGGUGUCCGAUGAAGGUGGCAAUUUGAGCUUUGGACAGCGACAACUCCUAUGCCUUGCGCGAAUGGUUUUGAGGCAGCCAGCCCUGCUGUUGCUGGAUGAAGCCACUUCUGCGAUUGAUCCAGCCACACAGGAGUCGGUGCAAGACACCAUCAACCACGCCUUCCCCACCUCCACCAUGUUGGCGGUGGCACAUCGACUGGAGACCAUCAUGGAGUUCCUGGGCCAUCAGGUCAUGAUGUUGUUGUAA